AUGUGUGAACCAAUAACGACGAAUGGUACCAGUAGUGGCCGGACGAUGCGCAAUAUAGAAGAAAUAGAAAUACCUGUCCCAUGGGGUGUUGUUGCAGGUAAAUGGUGGGGUUCCCGUGUAAAACAACCCGUACUGGCGCUUCAUGGCUGGCAGGAUAAUGCCGGUACGUUCGAUCGGCUUUGCCCUUUACUGCCUCCAGAGAUACCAAUUUUGGCCAUCGAUCUACCAGGCCAUGGGAAAUCAUCGCAUUACCCGAAAGGGAUGCAUUAUUUCAUUUUCUGGGAUGGAAUCACCCUUAUCCGGCGAUUAGUCAAAUAUUACGGAUGGACAAACCUAACUCUGCUGGGACAUUCGUUGGGUGGCGCAUUGAGCUUCAUGUACGCAGCCAGCUUCCCGGAUGAGGUGGAUCGAUUCAUCAGCAUCGAUAUUGCUGGGCCAACUGUGCGAGAUCACCACAAAACGGCUGCCAGUACGGGUGAUUGUGUUGACAAGUUCCUACACUACGAGACGUUACCGGAAUCGAAAAUGCCCUGUUACGGAUAUGAAGAAAUGAUUGAUCUAGUUUUAGCGGCUUACGACGGGUCGGUAGACUACGAUUCUGUCGAAGUACUGAUGCGACGAGGGAUGGCCUUGGCACCGAAACAUUUCAAUAAAGAAGGGUACCACUUUGCCAGAGAUCUUAGACUAAAAGUGGCGCUUUUAGGUAUGUUUUCGAUGGAACAGGUACUAGCAUAUGCGGAACGUAUAACUUGCAAAGUAUUAAAUAUUCGCGCCGAUCCCGGUAUGAAGUUUGAUAAUCCUGAAGUGUACGAGAACGUGAUGGAAGUUUUGAAGCGCACGGCGUCGAAAGUAGUGUAUCAUGAAAUUCCGGGUUCGCAUCAUCUGCAUCUCGUGACGCCCGAUAGAGUAUCGAAGCAAAUUAGUGAUUUUUUGUUAGAAUAA